UGGAGCCCACUUCAGCACUGAAUGCAUUGCGGAGACGCUGUGCUGCACCGCCAGGAUAUACCAGUAUUUAAACAACAGUACAAAAUAUCGUUACUCUAAAGUGUCUGACUGUUAUUAAUGCUUGAUAAUGUCAAAAAAAUUUUUUGCCAGGGCCAGCGUGAGUUAGUUAAAAGCAUUGCGGGCUCCAGGAACGCUGGUUGUGACGUCAUUGUCCUGUUUUAUAGUCUGGCUCCUGGAAGCAGAUCAGCUAGACUGCGCUGGUAUCCGGUUGGGGAAAAAAAAAAGUCCUGUAAACAACGAAAUAAAAAGAAAAGAAUGACCGUUUCUCGGUUGAUUCAGUGGUCAGCCCUCCUGGCUUUAGCCUGGUCAGUACCGAUUGACCGUAACGUUAAACCAGCGGCCGCAGAGGAAAAUAAACCAGCCGAGGAGACACCAGAGACACAGGACACUGGCUUGUAUUAUGAUCGUUAUCUACGGGAGGUGAUCGAUGUCUUGGAGACAGACUCUCACUUUCGUGAGAAGCUGCAGGCCGCCAACGCUGACGACAUCAAGGUGAGGGCCCGGUGCACUGUCCGGUUUGUUUAGGGAGUCCUUCUCAGA